AUGGAGUGGAUAGAGAGGAAGCGCAUCAGUGCAACUUUGAAGACGUGUAAACCCGAAGCGGAAAAGAUGGCGGAGAAACAUAGCCCAAGUAAUCAAACUCCCAUGCCAGCUGCUGGCACCAAACCGAUCAAUAUGUGCACACAGCUCACAUGUGAACUGCGUGUUGAAGGUAAUGACUUCGAAUUCUAA